AUGUGUUUAAGUUCUUUAAUAUUUUCCCCCUUAGCCUAAACGCAAUGGUGGUUUGGCUCGUUAUCAUUUGCUUUGUCUUUGAUUUCUUCAUUAUCCACCAAAUUGUUCGUUUUAGUGUGCACUUCUAAUGUAUGUUGUCUAUUUGAAUUUAUGUGGCUACGUUGACGGCAAUCCAUAUUAAAACAUGGCUACAAAAUCUAAAAAUGAAUCGAGAAUUAAAAUAAAAUUGUUUACUGAUAGAAAGAACCAAGUGACCGCAUCUUGCGAGAAAUAUGAGGGGGCGAGCAAUUUUAUGCUAUACAUAAAAACGCCACCAUUUUUCAUCCCCGGACAAUUCGGUUCUGAGUUCCUCCCAAUCUGGUAAUGCUGACAGGCAGGCACGUUCGACUUGGCUGAUGCUAACAACAAGGACUAAUCUUAUUACUCCGCUGUGGUGUGGUCUUCGCCUCACGCUAGGCGCAUUGUCGUUUGUCCUGGAUGUUAACUCCGAUGUUUGCCAGUAGCGUGGACCUGCGGACUGGAAUUGAAAUACGGUAGCGUUUGCCGUUGCGUCAUCUUCUGGUCCGUGACUUUGAGAGAAAUACUGGUGCAGGAAGGAUGGUGAACUUCUCAAACUGGACACCACAGCUGCGUUAGGAAACGUGUAUGGGGUUUCUUUGUGUGGUCUCAUAAUAAAUGGCCGUUCAUAGUUGAUUUCCCAGAGUAAUAAGAUCAAUGAAUGUCAUGUAUAGAAUUGGACUCGCUACAGAUCACAAUGGAAGCGACAAAUCUGGGAAAUUAUAUGGAGGAUGGCUUAUACCUAUAACCAGAAGAAUAAUCUCCCAGACACAGGGCUUGUAUUGCUUAGUAUAGGCCAGUGAUCCGCCGGUAGCAAACCGAACUGUUACGCUUGCGCGUCGGAGACCCCGCUGCAGAAGGAUGAUGCUGUUCUGGAUAUUUCUGUCCAUGCUAACGGCAUGUUCGGCGAUCCAGGCCGAAUCGUCAGAGAGCCACAGCGCCUUUGCAUGCGAGCCCAUCACCAUGCGCAUGUGCCAGGAUCUGCCCUACAACACCACCUUCACCCCCAACCUGCUGGACCACUACGAUCAGCAGACGGCCGAGCUCGCCAUGGAGCCCUUCCACCCCAUAGUCAACCUGCAGUGCUCCCCGGACCUGCGGCCCUUCCUGUGCGCCCUGCACGCCCCCGUGUGCGCGGAGUACGGGCGCGUGUCCCUGCCCUGCCGCCGGCUGUGCCAGCGUGCCCGCCGCGAGUGCCAGCAGCUCCUGGACGUGUUCGGCGUCGCCUGGCCGGAGGAGAUGGAAUGCGCCAGGUUCCCUGACUGUGAUGAGUCGUACCCGCGGGCCGAGGACCUGAUCCCCCUGGCAGAGCCCACGGAGGACACGCUCGAGUCUGCGCGGCGGGACUACGGCUUCUGGUGCCCGCGCGAGCUGAAGGUGGAGCCCGACCUGGGCUACGUGUUCCUGGGGGCGCGGGACUGCUCCCCGCCCUGCCCCAACAUGUACCUGGACCGGGAGGAGCUCCGCCUGGCCCGCUACGCCAUCGGCGCCGCCUCCGUCGUCUGCCUCUCGGCCACCCUCUUCACCUUCCUCACCUUCCUCAUCGACAUGGCCCGCUUCCGCUACCCCGAGCGGCCCAUCGUCUUCUACGCCGUCUGCUACAUGAUGGUGUCGCUCGCCUUCCUCCUGGGCUUCCUGCUGGAGGACCGCGUGGCCUGCAACGGGGCCCGGCCCGGCCAGGGGCGGGGCCCCACGGUCACGCAGGGCUCGCACAACAAGGCCUGCACCCUGCUGUUCAUGGCGCUCUACUUCUUCACCACGGCGGGCAGCGCCUGGUGGGUGGUGCUGACCGUCACCUGGUUCCUGGCGGCCGUGCCCAAGUGGGGCAGCGAGGCCAUCGAGAAGAAGGCCCUGCUCUUCCACGCCGGGGCCUGGGGGGUCCCCGGGGCCCUGACGGUGGCCCUGCUGGCGCUCAACAAGAUCGAGGGCGACAACGUGAGCGGCGUGUGCUUCGUGGGGCUCUACGACGCCGACGCGCUCCGCUGGUUCGUCCUGGCGCCGCCGUGCCUGGCCGUGGCGGCUGGCUCGGGGCUCCUGCUGGCGGGCAUCGCGGCGCUCAACCGGGCGCGGACGGAGAUCCCGCUGGAGAAGGAGAACCGGGACAAGCUGGGCAAGUUCAUGAUCCGGAUCGGGGCCUUCUCGGCGCUCUACCUGGCGCCCCUGCUGGGGGUCAUCGGCUGCCACGUCUACGAGCAGAGCCACCGGGCGUCGUGGGAGACGGCCUGGGUGCAGGAGCGCUGCCGGGACUACCACAUCCCCUGCCCCGCCAAGGUGGAGCAGGCCGGGCGCCCGCACCUGAUGCUCUUCCUCAUGAAGUACCUGAUGGGGCUGGUUGUGGGAAUCCCCUCCGUCUUCUGGGUGGGCAGCAAGAAGACCUGCUUCGAGUGGGCCGGCUUCUUCCACGGCCGGCACUGCAAGAAUAGCGGGACGGAGGAGAGCCGGCGCCCCCUGCGGGAGCCGGACUUCUCCCAGCUCCUGCGCGAGCCCCAGGGCCCCAUCGUCCGCAAGUCCCGCGGCACCUCCACCCAGGGCACCUCCACCCACGCCUCCUCCACCCAGCUGGCCCCGGCCGACGGCCAGCACAGCCGCGCCAGCAGCGUGCACAGCAAGCUGAGCAGUCGCCACGGCAGCCUGCGCCCCGCCCGCGAGGGCAGACACACCCCCUGCAGCUACCAGGAGGUGGAGCAGCACCUGCAGUUCGGGAGCGCGCUGCACCUCAACGACCAAUCGCUGUCGCGCCACAGGAGCAGCACCCAGCACCUGAACAACCAAUCCCGCCACGGCAGCACCCGGGACCAGAACGAGACCCCGCCCACUCAGGUCACCCACGGCUCCAGUGUGGACCAGGUGGUGGAGGACGACUGUGCCAGCGCCUGAUUGGUCCGCCCUCGCGAGGCUCAGGACCCGUGGCUGAACUGUUCUCUCAUGGGGCAGCUAGAGACGAAAGAUGGAGGUGGUCAUCAACCUCAGUAUUCCGUCGCCCUGUUCCUCAGGGUCGUCAGUCUGAGAUUCAACGGUCAUCUAGACUUGGUGAUGCUGUGUUUGGUGUACAUUUUUGCCUGUCUAACCCCAGAGGGUUGAACUUUAAGGACACUGGGUUUUUUUUUGUUUGUUUUUAGAUACUGUGAAAGUGAAAGGAUACUGUGAAAGACAAUGUCCCAACUGAUCUGUGUAAAUGUAGCGUGGUGCGUAAAUGAACUGUUCUACUGCUGUGAAGGAGGCUGCAGCUGUCCCAGAGUGCAUUGCUGGAAUACAGGGGAGUGGCUCACCUACAGGUCCAAUUCAAUGUGAGAAGAACCAUCGGACUUACGACCAAAGGCCUAUUCACUAUAUGCAAGAAUAACGAGCCCCGUUUGCAAAAACAUUUAUCCCCAGAAUGUAAUAACAGGAAUUAGGGAGGGCCAGGCGAAAGUCAUGUGGCUGCUGCCAUUGUAACUCUGAAGGUACAGGUGACGUGUUCAGGGUAGAAAGAGAUGUGGCGAGUAAGGUUGUCACAGGACGGACAAGAAUCUUUGAACAUGGGCCCUACAUGCAUGUGUGCCUGCAAACCAUGCAUCCAUUUUGGUAGCCUCAAGGGUACAGAAACAGGGUUGAGACUGAAAUGUAUCGACUUGUUGAAGCCAAUCCAGAAGCAAACUAGCAGUUUAACAAACUUUACUUUUGGCACAAACAUACGGAUACUUCAGUCUAUCUUAGCCCUGGGUGGUAGUGGCCGCUGUUCUUGUUUUCGUUUAAAAAGGGAUGACGUUUGGGGCUGUCGAGUGGUGUGUGAACCAUGCGGAAUUGUAACCGUGCCAGUACAGACUGUGCCCAGCAGGUCAGCGUGUGAUUGGCUGUAGCCCACCCAGGGAGGGAUUGAAUUGGAAAGUUCAUCCCCAUUUCAUCGCUCAUGAAUGUUUCCUUGAUUCUGGUAUGCUACCCGGCGCAGGGACUGCACAGUCUGUCCGGUGGGUCACAGUGAAAAGAAGAGCUUUUGAGGACCCACACGCUACACUGUACUGUCCCAAAAUGGUGGGGCACAUUUCAGCAAAGGGACAGGUUUACAAGCCCGAUGGAGCACUUCUACAAAUUGGAAGAAGAUAAAACGCAGGGAUAACAUUUGGUUGAAAAAACAAUUGCAUUUUUGAAAAGGGACAGUUGAGGUUAAUUCUUCUUUUUCCACUGCAUUUUCCACUUUUUAUUUUAUUUUUUUAUUAUUUAAAUCCACUUUUUCCCACGCAUGAACUAUAACAGUGCAUUUCAAUUCAAGAUCGGGUGCCAGACAAGACCCUCUUUCAAUUGUAAAUAAGUGUUGGCAUGCAGACUUCAUGCUGCUGUCUCUCACCCUGCUGCUGCUGCUUCUUGUGUUCACACAGUCAAAGCUGUCAGUCAAAGCUGGAGUGCAUUUUCUGGUGAAACAGCAUGGCAUUGCUGAGAGAUUUAUACACUCCAGUCUUGGGCAAACACACUGCUGUUCAGUGAUGCCCUCCAUGCCUUAUACCCCUAAAGGCUCACUAUGCAGGAUUUUUUACCUCAAAAAUAUUAUAAAAUUACCAUGCUAAGGCGUAUCUGUGAUGCAUGGGCAAUCUGUCUUUAGGCACUUUUGCCAAAUCCGUGUACCUUUACCUGUAUUUGUCAUUCAAAAAUGUUUUUGGGGACGUGUCUGGGCGUGGCACUCUUUUUUUUUUUCCUGUGUGGGGAGUAGUGGGUGUGGCUACAGAGCUAGCUAGCCUAGAAUUCCAUAUACAGUGAAGCAAAAAGACAAGCCGACGGGGCUCGUUCAAGAACUGGAGUUAACCUUGGAAUUGCUUUUCCUUUGUGGUGUCAGCUGAAGUUUGCAAAGGCGAUAAAGAGCGACACGGAGUUGGCUUGUUUUCUGUUGGACCUGUAAGUAACGAUGCUGAAGUGUGAAGCUGGCGACGAUAAGGACUUCGGGAGGGUCAGGGUCUGAAAUCCUGAAAGUUCCAACGAUCAAACCACUAUGACGUUCAACGUAAUGGAAUUAAGCUAUAAUCAAAUCUGCCUUCUUACUGUAGCUCACAGUUGCUCAUUUCAUGGUACUAACAUUAUGUCUAGCUAGCUAUCCAGCUGGCUGUGUUUGGUGGGGUGACUUACUCAGUGUGAGCGGGUGAGGUUGAAUAUGGAGGAGGAGGCUUCUUUGAUUGUCAACACAGGCUAAGAAAUCCUGCAUAGUAUGUCUUUAACUUGCAUCAUCACAGCUGCUGUGCUACGGCUGCUGGGUUGCUCACUCGGUAUAAGUGAGUCAGCAACAUGGUCUUGGAGAGACUUCAGCCCAUGCCAGUGCCGGGGUGGCACACAAUUGGCUUUGCGUCACCCAAGGGAUAUAUGGGAGGGAUCCAGUUGGCAGGUAUAGCAAUGCUCAUUGCACUCCUGUUGGCCGUCCGGGCGUCUGUGGCUUGCUCUCUUCACACGCGUGUGAUUGGGUCUCCUCCGCCCCUGCUCUGCACGUGCGAGGCUUGUGUCUGUGGUGUGAAAAGAAGCAGCUGGCUGGCACCAUGUGCACACUUGUACAUAGUUUGCAAAUUGGUCAUUCCAAAUUCAGGUGAGAUUGGAGAUGGCAAUUACAUUUAAAAAGGUUGCUGUGUAGUAAUUAAAAGACAAUGGAACCUGAUUCCAUUUUUAAAUGUCCAAUUCCGUUCAACAAUGUAAAUAUCCUUCUUUUUAAAAAAGCCAGUUCCUCAGUUCCUGUAUGUGUGGAAUCACAGGAAGGUUAGGUGAGGUAACCAAACUGGUAGUAAACUAGCCAUUUAUACCUAGCAUAAAUACCAGUGUGUGAAUAUGUCCUUUCAAACCUUCACCUGUUUAUCCAUAGCCUACCUCAGUCCUGCCUCCAGGUACCUCAUGUUCUCUCUGUACGGUGCCCUGUGUUUAAAUGCUGUGGUUCAGGGAUCUGCAGCUAUGGACCUACAGGGUAUCUUCCUUUCUGCUUUCAUGUAAAAUUGAGCAACCAGUUCAGACCCGUGAAACCGGGUGAGUUGUCACCUGGGAAAUCAUCUGCUUUCAUUGAUCAGUGUUGUAAUAACACGUACACUGCAGCACCAGCAGGCCCUGCAGCUCCCCAGGACCUGAAUUCCAAACCCCUCACUCUGAAUAUUAAAAAAAAAUAUUUCAUGACAUCACACAGGAAGUGACCAGGUCAACGGUCCUCUCAUUUUUGGAGCCAUUUCCCACGAUUAUGGCUCAGAAUUCAACCAAAACAGUUGGCUAAUCAGGUGACGCACAUUUUUUGUGUUUACAAGAUGUUUCUCAUUUUCCUGCUGUCCUUCCUUCACCCAGGAGCAAAGCCAUUGGCUCUGUGGGUGUUUUGCAGAUCGAAACUAACCAAUUGAUUAAAUAAAAGGCCAGGUGGUAACUACAGCUGCUGCUGCUUCAGAAACUUAAAAUUAGUUUGUAACCACUGGUGCCCACACAAAUGUGAGUCUACUGAAACUUCUGAGGUGAGAUUUCCUUUGCUGUCAUUGUUAAAAUAACAUUUUCUGAGAAAGUCUACACUUUAAGCAAGCUUGUCGCUGUUGUGCCUCUGUUCUCCAAGAACAGAUUAUCCUGAGGAAUUCCCAGAGAUUUGUAGAUGUUGGUCCAAGUAUCUUGUCCUUGACAUUCCAAAUUACAGAAGCUUAUUUUGGAGAGGAAAAUUGCGUUGGAUUUCAGAAUGGUUAUUAGCCCUUUGCAGAGUAGGUUUUUUUGAAAUUUUUUAUUUUUUAAGUCAGUGUUCUAGAACUCCAUUGCUCUUUAAAUUACCGGUAGUAAUAUUUUACAUCAGGAUUAGGAUGUUCAGUUAAGAACAUUCUAAUCACAUAUUUGUGAUCUUACACCUUGAAGGGUUAAUAGUGAUGAGUGUUGCAUAGAUAGAGGCCUGACCCCAUCCCCUAAAUUAGCAUAUGCCUUCAUACGUGAUAACUUGCAACGCGUUAGAAAAUUAACAUUUAGAAGGGACGUUUAGACUACUCCACAUAAUAUAACCUUAACCCUUUACAGUGGGGUUCCUUUAGAGAUGUAUAUAUAUAUAAAUUGCAGGGACCCUAACCUUUUUAUAUGAGCAGUUUCCGCUACCUGCUCUUUCACUCCGUUUCUUUCCCUUUUGUCAGUAAUGUCCAAAGGGGAAUGGAAGCCUUGGCUUUAUAGCCCCAGACCCAAAUUGAAAUGCAUCAAAUACAAUAUACGGUACUUGUCAAUAAAAGACGUUUGAAUGCA